CCUUCCUGUUCGAGCUUCCCACAGUAGGCUAUCCCUCUGCUCUGAAUAGAACUCCCUGCCAAGAGCCCAAGCUAUCAAAUUACUCAUUAGCUUCUAGCCAUGGAAGCCACCGGAUCCCACCGACCUCAUCUCGCCGUCCUCCCAACUCCCGGAAUGGGUCAUCUCUUCCCCCUCGCAGAACUGGCCAAACUCCUCGUCCAACGCUAUAACUUCAGUGUAACUUUCAUCACCUUCGCCGCCUCUGACAACAAAGCCACUCAAAACUUCCUCAACACCCUGCCCUCCAGCAUCACCUCCAUCUCCCUCCCCUCCGUUCCCCUCGACGACCUUCCUCCCGACGCCAGAAUAGAAACCCGAAUGUCCAUCGUCUCCAUCCGCUCACUCCCCGCCCUCCGCUCCAUCUUGGUCGAACUCCAACGUUCCACCAAUCUCGUCGCCUUCCUUGCCGACUUCUUCGCCACAGAUGGCUUCGAAAUAGCCCGCGAUCUGGGUAUCCUGUACUACAUGUUCAUCCCCACCAACCUCCAGUUCCUCACACUCAUGCUCGAGCUCCCUGCUCUCAACGCCGCCGUCAACUGCCCUUAUCAGGAUCUCAAAGAACCAAUAAAACUUCCAGGCUGCAUUCCGAUUCCAGGACCAGAGAUCCUCACUCCUUUAAGAGAUCGUUCAAACGACGCCUACAAAUGGAUGCUUCACCAUUCCGCGCUCUAUCGGCAUGCUCAAGGGAUUUUAGUGAAUAGCUUCUCUGCGAUUGAGGCUUUCUUGGGUGAGAGGGGGGGGGAGCGGCCGCCGGUUUACCCG